AUCAAAUUAAGCUAUUCUAACAAACGCUUCAAGUACUGUAAUUAGAAAGGCGAAAAAAAAACCCCAUUUUUUUUAAAAUUCCAAGUUAUUUAUUUCUUUUACUGAAUUAUUCAGCUUUUUCCUUGUUUUCUUUUUGUUCAUCAUAAAAUAAUGCGUGCAGAGUAAAAGCUGAAGCAUUCAAGUGGCGAAAGUGCCCACCUCAGUUUACACAGUGGAAUCACGUUUCAGCUCCUAUAAAUUAACCUUGGCCCCUUUCACUACUCUUUCAUGUUCUCUCUCUCUCUCUCCAACUUAAGUCACCAUUUCCUCACAAACCAAAACAUGGGAUUUUCUCAAAAACUCGUCUUCACCUUCAGCACUUACAUAUGAUCUGUUAAAAAUCCAUAAUUCUUGCAUUUUACUGUAGUAAACCAAUUUUCUCUGUUUUCCCUCGUUUCUGCUCUGUAUUUUUCCCUGUUUCUGUUCUGUUUUCUGUACAUCUCAUUCACAGAUAACAGACAAUAUGUCCUCAAUUGUGUGUCACGGAUUGCAAUCGUGUCUCGAGCCUCGGCUCAUUGAACCACCUGCUCUGAGGCACAAAUUGGAUCCACCCAAAUCAUUUCCAUGGCCUCAAAGCCUUUUUGCGCCCCGACAACAAGAACACCAAGAGAGCUCUCAUAAUGAAGAAAACAACAACAAAGACAACAAUGGUUGUGUUGAUUGUGACAGCAAAAGCAACAACAAUGGUGAAAUGGGUGGUUGGAGCUUCAUACAAGCCCUCACAAACAAACCUCACAAUUGCAAAGAAGUGACCGAGAACGAGAAAGAAGUGUAUGUCCACCCACUUGUUAAGCUCUCUUCUUCAACACUGAGCAAGACAAGCUUAGAGAUGUGCACUGAAAGCUUGGGUAGCGAAACCGGUAGUGACAUUAGCGAAAGCAGUGAUGAAUUCUCUUCGGUUUGGCCGGAGAAUUCUCUCCGGUCUAACACAAUUCAACAAUCAAAAUCACGAGAAUUGGGUAAAAAACUGACUAGAAGUGGCAGUUUUCCACCUCCCCUGACUUCGAUCAGUGGCUCGGACAGUGUCAGAGUCCGGCCUCAUCGUGAAGGUGGCCGGUUAGUUAUAAAAGCUGUGGCAGUUGCUUCUUGCAACGGUUACUUUCAGGCCGAACGUGUUGAUGGCCGGCUCAGGCUGUGCUUGUUGAAGGAGGGUUGUGUGAAUUGUGACAAUGAGUUGGUUGAGGGAAAAGAAAAGGUCUAUAAUGAGGAAGUUGGUGAAGGAGUUGUUGAAGAACAUGCAAGUGUUGGAGAAACUAAAGCAAAAGAAGAAUAUUAUGACAUCGACGAUGAUGACAACGACGACGAAACUGGUGGCGAUGACGAUGAUGACAACGAUAAAUGGGUUGAAGGCAUAAGAGGGAAAUUGAGAUUGGAGAGUUGCCAAGGCAGAGCAGGUGCAAGGAAAGUGGUUGUGGGAACAAGGGUAUGGCAAGUUGGGGGCCAUUUUGGGUGGCCACUUCUUAAAGCUCUUUGUUGAAGAACUUCUCUCUCUCAAACAUUAACUGUUAUUGUUAUCAGAGAUGUUACGUACUCAGAAUUUGAAUCUUGGGUUAAAUUUAAAAUUGAUGUAGCAAGCCUAAUUAACAUUUUAUAAUUUGUAUUCUUUUCUGAGUAUGUAAUGUAAUGUUGUAGUAUUAUUAUUUUAUGUUUUAUGUUUUCGAUUUUUGAUUUGUCGAUUGUGGUGUUUGUGGAAGGUAGUUAUUAUGGUUGGUGGACAUGGUUGUAAUCUCUCUGUGUAGUCUCUGUCCAUUCAUGAUUCUCGUUAAUGGAUUAUUUUAAUAUAUUUCCCAUAGUACCCUUCUGGAGAACA